AGUGACUAUUUCCGGCGCUAGUUCCUUGCUUCGAGAUUGGUCGGCUUGUGCUCCUUUGCUCUCCCGCUCGAUACGCGCUCGGGGACUUCCGUUUCCGGUUCUGACAGACGCGUCGGCCGGAGAGAUGAUCGGAGACAUCCUGCUGUUCGGGACGCUGCUGAUGAACGCCGGCGCCGUGCUCAACUUUAAACUGAGGAAGAAGGACACGCAGGGUUUUGGGGAGGAGUCGAGAGACCCCAGCACGGGUGACAACAUCCGGGAGUUCCUGCUGAGCCUCCGUUACUUCCGCAUCUUCAUCGCCCUGUGGAAUAUCUUCAUGAUGGUCUGCAUGAUCCUGCUGUUCGGCUCCUGAGUCCCAGAACCCGCACCGGGAAUGCCUCGCCAGCCGCCAGCCAGCCCCUCCGGCUCCGACGCCUUCGGGCGUGUGCUCCAGCAGCCUGGCCAGCGACCUUGUCCCCACUGCCUAAGCUCCGGUG